CCAUAGUGUCACUCAUUUUAGGUCCUUCUUUAGUUUCAGUCCUCGCCCCUCGGCCGUGAAAAUCCAUCUAACCUCCAACAACGAAACUACCGACCAUGACAUCCCCCUCCAAACUCGACGAAGAUCAGGUUGUGGUGGAACGUAAAUUAUCUGCUAGAGUUUUGACAUUGAACAGACCGAAACAAUUGAAUGCCCUCUCUUAUUAUAUGGUAUCUAAGCUACUGGAAAUAUUUCAUGACGACGAGGGAAAUUCUGAUGUUAAAUUGGUUGUUGUUAAGGGAAAUGGAAGGGCAUUUUGUGCUGGUGGUGAUGUUGCAGCCGUUGUUCAUGAUGCGAGAGGAGGUGAUUGGAGGUUUGGUGCAAUAUUUUUUGAUACUGAAUAUAAAUUGAACUAUUUGAUGGCAACAUAUAGUAAGCCUCAGGUUUCAAUUCUUAAUGGAAUUGUCAUGGGAGGCGGCGCUGGUGCUUCUAUGCAUGGAAGAUUUCGUGUCGUUACAGAGAAUACAGUCUUUGCAAUGCCAGAAACAGCUUUAGGAUUAUUUCCCGAUGUAGGCGCCUCAUAUUUCUUGUCUAGACUAGCUGGAUUUUUUGGAGAAUAUGUUGGUCUCACAGGUGCUAGGUUGGAUGCUGCAGAAAUGCUUGCUUGUGGUCUUGCAACACAUUUUGUCCCUUCAUCGAAAUUAUCGUUAUUGGAAGAAUCAUUAUGCAAAGUGGAAAAUAAUGAUCCAGUUGUAGUAUCUGCAAUUAUUGACAAGUACUCAGAGCAGCCUUCCCUUAAAGCGGACAGUGUUUAUCACAGGAUGGACAUAAUCAAUAGGUGUUUCUCUAGGAAAACAAUGGAAGAAAUAUUAUCUUCUCUUGAAACCGAAGCUACGAGCAAGGCAAAUAAUUGGAUUUCUUCAACUCUUGAAACCUUGAAGAAAGCAUCUCCAACAAGCCUUAAAGUCUUCCUUAGAUUGAUUAGAGAAGGCAGGCUCUUAGGUGUUGGUCAAUGCCUUGUUCUUGAGUACAGAAUUGUUUGCCAUAUCCUACGAGGACACCACAGCAAGGAUUUCUACGAGGGUUGUAGAGCUAUACUUAUAGAUAAAGACAGGAAGCCAAAGUGGGAGCCUUCCAAAUUGGAGUUUGUGAGUGACAGCGACGUCGACCUUUACUUCUCUAAGGUUGAUGCAGAAGGAUGGAAAGAUUUGGAGUUUCCCAAAAGGUUCAACAACUUGCCCGCACAUGCUAUUUCAAAGCUUUAAGGCAUCAAUAAUCUCAUCUGUUGAGCCAAAAGUGUAGAAACCAAGGAAUCACAACAUUAAAUGGAUUCUUGAAGGUUGAGUGUAUAGCUUUGUGAAUUAACCUUACAACUUACAAGUUGAUUAUAUAUCACUCAUAUCAACAAUAAAUAGUCAGAUUAAAUUAAUUGGUAACUGCAUGUAGUAUGUGAUGCAACAUUUGAACGUAAACUAUUUAUAUUGGAAACUAUUUAUACUA